CCUGUCCCCGGGAGGAUGGGGCUACACCAGAGAGGACGGCUGCAGCCUCUAGGGGGCUCUCGGGAGAGUAGCCCCGGGCCCCCAGCGGGCGCGGGCCAGGUGGCAGCGCCCGGGCCGGGCUGCGCGGAGGAGGCGGCCUCCCCGGCCAGGGGCGGCGGCUGGGGCGGCGGCAGGGGCGGCCCUGGGAUCACAUGGGUGGAGGCAGGUCCCGGAGUCCCGGGCGGGCUCUCCCCAGAGUCAGGCAGACGGCGGCGGCGGCAGCGGCGGGAGCGGGAGCGGCGGCUUCUCUUCCCUCCCUCCUUCCCUUCCCUUCGCUCUCGGGCCUUGCCGCCCAGCCCGACAGGUGAGCGGGAGCCAGGUGAGCGCGCCCACCUGUGCUCGGGGCGCAUGGCCGGCGUCCUCCCCGGCCCCGGCGCCUUGGCUGUUCUGUGCGCCCGCGGCUGCCUGGGCGCCCGAACCUCUCCUCUGCGCACGGCCGCUCCCCGCAGCCUCGCCUGCUGUCGGUUCCCCGCCUGGAGCUGGUCUUUCCCCUCCCGGGCGCUCCUACUUCAGCCCCCAGGCGCACCGGUACUUUGGUCUCAGAGCUUAGAAGGCGCCUGAACUGGGCGAGCCGGGCCGACGGGCUGGGCAGUUCUUCGUGCCCCCGGCGGGGAGUCCACUGACCAGCUCAAAGGUAUGGCACUGACAGUGGAUGUGGUGGGGCCGGCGCCCUGGGGCUUCCGAAUCUCUGGGGGCAGGGACUUCCACACGCCUAUCGUGGUGACCAAGGUAACUGAGCGGGGCAAGGCCGAGGCUGCUGACCUCCGGCCUGGAGACAUUAUUGUGUCCAUCAACGGCGAGACUGCAAAGGACAUGCUUCAUGCUGAGGCCCAGAGCAAGAUUCGCCAGAGCCCCUCACCCCUGAGGCUGCAGCUGGACCGGCCCCAGGCUGCCUCUCCCGGGCAGACCAACGGGGAAAGCUCCCCGGAAGUGCUGGCCACUCGCUUCCAGAGCUCCAGGAGGACACACACUGACAGCCAGGCCUCCCUCAGCCCCCAGCCAUGCAGCCCCUUCUUCAGCCUGCCCCCGACCAGCCCCCAGGCACCCGCUGGAGAGGUGGUGACCAGCCACAGUUUCCAGAGCCUGGCACACUCCCUGGAACCUGCUUCUGCUGACCACUUGUACUACGGGGGCCGUGCUGGAAGCCGACAGGCCGGCCUCAGCCCUGCUGGCGACUCGGCCGUGCUGGUGCUGCCGCCACCGCCCUCCCCAGGUCGCCGUUCCUCCAGCCCCAGGCUCAGUGCGGCCUCAGAAGGGGAAAGCCACGUCCUCAGAGAGGACUCAGAAGUCUUCAAGAUGCUGCAGGAAAACCGCGAGGCACGCCUGGCCCCCCGGCAGUCCAGCUCCUUCCGGCUCCUGCAGGAAGCCCUAGAAGCUGAGGAGAGAGGUGGAACACCUGCCUACCUGCCUAGCUCACUGAGUCCGCAGUCCUCCCUGCCCACCUCCAGGGCUCUGGCCACCCCACCCAAGCUCCACACGUGUGAGAAGUGCAACACCAGCAUCGCGAACCAGGCCGUCCGCAUCCAGGAGGGGCGCUACCGCCACGCUGGCUGCUACAGCUGCGCUGACUGUGGGCUGAACCUGAAGAUGCGAGGGCACUUCUGGGUGGGGGACGAGCUGUACUGCGAGAAGCAUGCCCGCCAGCGCUACUCUGCGCCCCCCGCCCUCAAUCCCCAGGCCUGAGCUCUCAGCCCACGCUCCGCUCUGUGGGCACCUCCACGCCAGGCCCGUGCCAAUAGCACGUUGGCCUGGAAAGGCGAUGGGGGGGCGGGGUGAAGCCAGAGGCUGGGACCUGCCUGUGCUGCGGGUGAGGGCAGUCCACCUUCCCAGGCCUCUGCUGGAUACUGUUGCAUCCUCUUGAUGGACAGGCUCUGCAUCAAAGCCCCAAGUGGGUGCUGCAUUGGACAUCUUUCUGCACUGGGGAUUAAGCAGGUUGGGACAUGGAUAUAAGUGUCUAGAAGGAGAGAGGUGGGCCAAAGGCUACAGGUAUUCACUGUGUAAAGUUUUCAACAUGAGCACUAAAAAUACAUACUGUACAAGAACAAAAUAAA